AUGGAUAAUAAUAGUAAUAUGUUACAAUUAUGUAGACUGUGUUUAGUUAAGGACGAUGUUAAUAUACCAAUUUUCGAGGAACAAGGUGAUAUUAGGCAAAUAUUCCUGAAAAUUAGUUCGUGUCUACCGGUGAAGGUAUCCCGGGAUGACCAACUGCCUAAAAAAAUAUGUGAUGGAUGUUCCUAUAAGUUAGAUAUGUUGUAUGAAUUUUGGAAUACAAGUGCGAAUGCGGAAAAACAGUUAUUAACAUGGUUGGGAGAGGCGGGCAUGACAUCUCAAAUGGCCGAUGGCACUAUAUCAGCCGUGGCACAACAAAUCAAGCCUGCAGAUACAUUCGUCAAACAAGAAACAAUAGAUCCUCCAGAUAUCCAUUCCGACGAUGACGAUAAGGAUUAUGUAUAUAAGGAGAAACAACAGGAGGAGAAAUCUAAAAACAAUGUUGACGAACCGCCCCCAAAAAGGGCACGCCGAACUGCUGCUGUUAAAGCUGCAAUAGCAAUGGACCAGGAUAGCGACGAUGAUGACUCAGGGGAACCAAUGACUAAGAUUGAGGAUGACAGUGAUGAUAGUGAUAAUGACGACGACCAUGAACCCGCGUUCGUUGAUGUACCAUCAACGAGUGCUGAUGAUCAACCAGGACCUUCUGGUGUUGGCAAAGACGGCGUCGAAGCACCCGGUCGAUUCUGCUCUAUACCAUGUGACGUUUGUCAACGAGAAUUUCCCACCAUAGCGCAUCUGAAAUUUCAUUGGACCAACUUGAACGAAACGUUUUUCUGCACCCGUUGUUCGUCUUAUGGUAACCGAGGAAGCGAACGUUUUCCUUUAUGUUUGUGCCCAAAGGAAUAUCUUUUGUGCACAUUGUGUCAGGACGUCCCCGAAGAAAAACCUUUCAGUUUACAUAAGUGUUUCCAUAAUCUUAGUAAUAAUCCGGGCUAUAAAACAAAUCGUAUAACGAGGUGUAUUGUAUGUCACCAAUAUUUUUCUGAAGAAAAGUUAGCUGAUCAUUUGGAACAAGCUAAGAAAAACAAAUUUUUCUAUUGUAUGGAGUGCUGCAUAUACUACGAGGAGAAAUGCAAUCCAGUUUGCUGUUAUCCGCGACAAGUUUGCGCAUUUUGUUUACAAAUACUUACAGAUGUACAAGGAGAAUAUCAUAAAUGUUUUCAUGAAAACAACACUGAGGAUUUUGAAACUCUAAAAGAAACGAAUGCAGUGAAGUGCUACCUUUGCAACUAUUCCUAUCACAAAAAUUUCGGCCAUAGGCAUCGUCGAAUGCAUAAUUACGUAAGAUGCGACAUUUGUUGCAUUUCAGUUUACGUACCUAAUUUGUCUCAUCACGUGGCAAAAACACAUUUGGCUUGCGUGGAAUGUGGUUUUCGAUUCGAAGACUUCAUCGAGUACGAACCACACAAAAAGAGCCAUAAAUCGAAGAAAAUAGCGACAGUUUGCGAAAUUUGUGGCAAAAAAGUAGUUAAUUUAAAUCAACAUUUGAAAGAUGUUCACGGGGAUCAGGACAAAUUCAAGUGUUCCGUAUGCGAUAAAAAAUUUAUGGCUAGAUCAGGGUUACACGCGACUCCAAUAAUUACCUCUGCACGAUUUGCGGAAAAGGUACUAAAUUUGGGUAUUCGAUGA